AAAAAUUGAUAAAAAAAACAAAAAAACAGGAAUUUGAAGCCUCUGCUCAUUCGCCAACUUCUUCGUGUCGCAUCGCCAGCUCCAGUUCGUCGCCGCCAUCGUUCUUGCUCCCUCUCCCUCAUACUCUGCUCACUUCUGAGACCGAAGAACUCUCAACUUUGACCAACACAACCAAAUGGCCUUCCUCCUUAACAAAACCACCAUUGCUUCCCACUUCCGAUCUCACUCCCAGGCCCAGAAAGCCCAAGAUCUGCUUUCACUCUCGCGCCGUCAAUACCAUAUCGAACCUGGGCCUCGUGAAAAAGCGCUCUUGGCUGAAGAUGCAGCUUUGAAGCCAUUUAAGUCAUAUAAGCAGAGUGUGAAGAAGCUCAAAAAGGUUGGCGAUAUUCUAACAAUUGUUGUCGUUGCAGGAUGCUGCUAUGAAAUAUAUGUCAAGGCAGCUAUGAGAGAAGCAGCUCGGAGACAGUAACAUUCCAGAAUUGUAGAAUGAAGUGAAUAUUGUUGGAACACUAGCUUCUGUUCCAUUUUAAUGUUUUUCUAUGGUAAUAACAAUUUGGGUUAUAUUCCUGGCCGUGUUGGAAUAAGCAGAAAUGUAUUUGAACCCAAAAUGCUUGUGCAUCAAUAGUAGUUUCUUCAUCGUUCAAGAUUUAAAACUUUCUGAUGAA